AUGGGCCGCAUAUACGCUGGCGCAGACGCUGUUUUCGCUUGGUUAGGUCCCGCAAACCACAAGUUGGAGCCUUUAUUCAAGUCCUUCAGCCCAGCAAUCUUUGACCUUGACGGCUUAUAUACAUCUCUUUGGAUUGGGCAGAGCGACAAACUGCCAAUGGAGUGUGUUCGCGCGGUCGAAGACAUAGCAUCCAGGCCUUACUGGAAACGGGGAUGGAUCCGACAGGAACUGCACUUUGCAAAGCGAGUCAACUUGAUCUGUGGUCAAACCAUGAUACCUGCAGGACAACUUUCUCAUGUGCUAGAGUCUCUUCCUUCGGGAAUUGAUCAAGAGCCGGACAUAUCUGAUCUCAAACGGCAUAUUAGUUCUGCAAUGAACUACUUCAGCUGGAAAGCCAACAAGAGCUUAUUGGACUUGUUAGAGGCCUACGGAGCCAGCGAAUGUAGCGUUAAACACGACCGAAUUUACUCGCUGCUUCCAAUGGCCAGCGAUUCACCAGAAGCCAGAGGUUAUCGAGUGGAGUACGGCUGGUCGUACGAGGAGGUAGUGGUCAAGACAGCCGCCUUCUGUGAGUGCUCCUCAGCUGAGCAGCGGCAUAGGCUCCUCCUCACCCUAGGGGAUAAGGCACAGGUAGACGAGGGCUAUUCGACAUCGCUUGAUAAUCUUUCAAGAUGCUGCGAUUACAUUGCGAGACAACAUGAAGACGGAAUGUCGUGGGCCGACACAAUGAACAUGUCAUAUGACUUGAUACGCCAGGAUGCUGGAAUGCAACAGAGGCGUGGCAUUCACGCUCGGUCCUGCUAG